UGAAUCCAACCCCGGUCUCCCUCCCCCCCCCCCCAAUAGUUCCCUCAACUUUGUCUCUCUAUAUAUACGCAUGCACUUAUACGCAUGACCCUUGCCCUAAAUUUUCUCUCUCCAUUUCUGGUCCAAUCGCUUUCGAUCUUCUCCGAUCAUUCCUCUCCGCCAUGGCUAACGCAACAUCAGGAAUGGCUGUGCAUGAUGACUGCAAGCUGAAGUUUUUGGAGUUGAAAGCAAAAAGAACUUAUCGCUUCAUAGUGUUUAAGAUUGAGGAGAAGCAAAAGCAGGUUAUUGUGGAAAAGCUUGGUGAGCCAACUGAGAGCUACGAGGAUUUCACUGCAAGCCUUCCUGCUGAUGAGUGUCGCUAUGCUGUCUAUGAUUAUGACUUUGUAACAGAAGAGAAUUUGCAAAAGAGCAGGAUUUUCUUCAUCGCAUGGUCGCCUGAUACAUCACGGGUGAGGAGCAAAAUGAUUUAUGCAAGCUCCAAGGAUAGGUUCAAGAGGGAACUAGAUGGCAUUCAGGUAGAGCUGCAAGCUACGGAUCCAACUGAGAUUGGUCUUGAUGUUAUUAGAAGCAGGGCGGACAAGUGAUUUGUUCUCUGGUCUAGCAAUUGAGUCCUUUAUGCUUCUUUGCUUUACUAGAGAGAAAUGUUAAUAGUUGUGGGACACUGGAACCUGGUCAAGAUAUGAUACUGGUUUGUCGUUUGGAUUUUACUUCAUUAUAAUGAUAUGCUCGCCUCCUCAUGUAGACCAAGCUUUAAGUGAUUUUGAGUUCAUUUGAUGAUUUCAUUUGGUGUGGAACUGAAUGAGACAUGAAUGUCUCAUCUACAAGCUAGUGUGUAAUGUAUUGCAGUAUUGGGGUCUGGUCUGGAUAACAUCUUCUGAUUUGGUCCUCC